CGCAACCUGUUCAAUUAACAAUAAACAACGCGACAAUGAAUGCCAUGCAAAUUGGUUUCCUGGUAAUGGCCGUCAUGGCCGUCACCACCCUGGCCGUCCCGUUCGAUUUUUUCCAGGUGUCCGGUUUCGAUGAAUCGAACAAUCGCCAAAAUUUCGAAGAUGUCCCCAGCAGCGUUGAUCAACCAGGUCGGGAGGUCGCUGUCGCCGAACAAGCCCGCGAGUUCCAGAUUGAAUUCGAACCGAAUCCUCAGGAGGAAGUUCGCCGGGGUGCCGCUAUUGAAGAAGAGUUGAGCCGUGACGAUUCUGCAGCGAACUCGGCCCAUGAAGAAGGUAACUCGUCGGCGGCGUCGUCGUCGUCAUCGUCGUCGGCGGUGAUGUCCAUCAAUCAGCGUAGAGUUGCUGUUGAUUCGAUUCAGGGUAAUCAGUAGGGGAGAAUUUAUAGGUUAGUUUUUUUUGAGGGCAUUCAAUAUGAUGAUACGAUUUGAGUGAAUAUACAAUUUUUGAUGACCCAAUCUCUUGUUCGAUUGUUAUGAAUUUUUCAGCAAAGUUAGAUAGCUAAAUGGUGAUUUCUAAGAAAAUAUACACUGUGAAAAAAAAUCUAUUUUAUCAUUGAAAAACAUCAUUUUUGUCACAAAAACUCAAAUAUCUCAAAACCCUAUCUUUUUACCAACUUGAAUUUUUUAGGGAAAACGGUCCAUUGUAUUAGCAAUCAACCAUAAAAAUUUGGUGAUGGUAAACUAAUAAACAAAAAAGUUAUAACAUUUCAAAAAUUUCACAAUUUUUACAUUUAGUAAAAAAAAUUUUCUGUGUAAAUUAUUUC